AGCUGAUUGUCAUUUCACGAAAAUAUCUAUUUGCGUUUUUGUAUAAUACAGCUUAUUUAUUACAUAAAAUAAUGAAUAUAUCACGAUUUUUAUGACGAAGAACAACAUUGGUGAUACAUCAAAUAUUUAUAUAGCAAUUUACGCCAAAAAUGUCUUCGAAAUUACCGAAACAAGCUUUGAGUUUAAAACAGUUCAUGCUCCGGCAAGAAGUGUUGAAGUUGUACAGAGAUAUAUUCCGCACAUUACGACUUGUCCCGGAUGAGAAGGAUCGUCAAGACUUAAAAGUAUGGGCCAAAACAGACUUUAGAAAUAAUAUGCAUCAAACUGAUGAACACAGAAUAAAAAUGAUGCUUCUCCAUGGAAGGAAAUCUUUAGAAAGCUUACAGAAGACUUUGUAUUUGAGCAAAACUUGAGUUUAUUAGUGUUAGUUAAAAAAAAUAAAUCUUUGUAGGCAAAGUUUGUAAAACAUGUUCAAUUUCAAACUUAAUAUUUUUAUUUUAAAUGUUUUGUUUAAACUGUAAAUAAAAUUUGUCAUAAAGGUACUUUUUUCACUUAAAACUACUUUUCUAUUGUGUGGGUUGUGAGGUGGAAUAGCAACCUCAUCAACCUGGUGUCAGUGGUAUUGUUGAGCCACCAAAGGCUCCUGACUGUGUUUUGUUAUUUGAAUUAAAAUAUUUUAUUUAUCUUAGUCAGUCUGAGAACACGCUAAGAACAAGCUUACAGGAAAGUAAAAUAAAAUGUGUAAAAUCAGUUUUCAUAAAACUUUAUUAUAAGUAUUGCAGAGCCUUAAUCCUAAAUCCAUAAAUAGCACACAUACGUCCAUACAUCCUGACAUUCAAUUCACCUUGG